UUGCGCACCGCAGCCGAAGCAGCAGACUCACAACACUGCGGGCGACUUGACGUUACCUGAAAAUUCAACAACACUCAUCAGUCCCGAAUAAAACUCAACUUCAGUUCGUCGCCACAAUGAAAGAUGUUACCGGGUACCUCAAACAACAGCAGAGCAACAGCUCCACGCCGGAGAUGGCGGCGGAGUGGCACAUGUUGGAGGAAUUUUACAACAAAAGAUUGUGGCAUCAGUUGACUCUGAAGCUGACAGACUUCGUCAAAGAUCCUUGUUUCAAAACAGGAGAUGGCCUCAUACAGCUUUAUGACAAUUUCCUCAGCGACUUUGAACACAGAAUCAACCCGUUGUCCCUCAUGGAGAUUAUACUGUACGUCGCCAGACAGAUGACAGAUCCUAAAGAUGCCAUCACUUUUCUGGAGAAGACCAAGGAGAAGGUGAAAAGCAGUGACGAAGCCGUCAUUCUCUGCAAGACAUCCAUCGGCAGUCUGAAACUGGAGAUCAACGAUCUUCCCGCCACAAAGAAACUCAUUGAAGACGUCGAGGAAAUGUUGAAUAACUUGCCCGGCGUGACGUCGGUCCACGGCCGGUUUUACGACCUUUCUAGCAAAUAUUACCGCAUCAUCGGGAACCACGCGUCCUACUACAAGGACGCUCUGCGCUACCUCGGCUGUGUGGACAUCAAAGAUCUUCCAGAGACGGAGAAGCAGGAGAGGGCGUUCACACUGGGACUGGCUGGACUCUUGGGAGAGGGAGUGUACAACUUUGGAGAGCUGCUGAUGCAUCCUGUGCUGGAGUCCCUGAGGAACACAGACAAACAGUGGCUCAUUGACACACUAUACGCCUUCAAUGGAGGAAAUGUGGAGAAAUUCCAGGGCUUCAAGUCUGCCUGGGGCCAACAGCCGGAUCUUGCAACACAUGAAGCUAAACUGAUGCAGAAGAUCCAGCUGCUCUGUGUGAUGGAGAUGACUUUCACUCGGCCUGCAAACCACAGACAGCUCACCUUCACUGAGAUCGCUCAGAGUGCCAAAAUCCCUGUUAAUGAGGUGGAGCUGCUGGUGAUGAAGGCUCUGUCUGUGGGCCUGAUCAAAGGCAACAUUGAUGAGGUGGACCAGAAGGUGCAGAUGACCUGGGUGCAGCCCAGAGUGCUGGACCUGCAGCAGAUCAAAGGUAUGAAGGAGCGUUUGGACUUCUGGUGCGGCGAUGUGAAGAACAUGGCCAUGCUGGUGGAGCAGCAGGCCCACGACAUCCUCACCUGAACCAGCUCGCCUUCGGUCCACAGAGGGAAACCUCACGGCUUCUCAACACGUCUGUUUUUGUAUUGUUUCUUUCUAUCCGAUGUUCAUUCUUCUGUUACCGCCGCCGUUUAUUACCAACCUGUAAAUCACACUGUGGUAUUUUACAAAUAAGCAACCGGUUGUAACAUUUAUCCUCAACAUAUGGACAGAAAAUAUUGUCCAAACAUGAAUAAAAAUUACCAGAAAAGAAGU